CGAGACAAAGGCGGCGGAGCGACUGGGGUCAGGCAGCAGCAGCAGCAGCAGCAACAGCAACAGCGGCAGCGGCGGCAGAAGCAGCAGCACCAGCAUCGCAGAGCCGAGAACCACUGCUUUAUUUUUUAACUAAAAGGUAACUGCUCCCCUCCAGCCGCUGUGUCCCUGACGGUGAACCGCGCGAGGAGCCAGAGACUCUGACCGGGGAAAAGGCUUCUCUCUCCAGACAGAAAACAACACAACGGUGCCCGUUCUUAACCGUUUUUCUCCUACGCCCCCCCCCGUUUAGCUAGUUAGCUAACCCGCUAGCUCCCCUAGCGCCGCUGAGCUCCGGUCUCCUCCUCCUGCUCCUUCCUCUGGCUGCUUCUCAUCUUCCCCCCACGAGAGCUGGACCGCAGCCGAAGACAGGAGCCCGUCGACAAAGGCAAGAGAAAUUUUUUUCAGGUGAAAAGAGAUCACUCCCAACAAACAGGCAUCCGUGAUCUGAUGUGAGAUCCACGGAGAGACUAUGCCUAGCCCUUUAUUCCACCCUGAGAUUUUGGACCACGACAUGGUGAUCAGCAGCCAGCACAAUGGGAUCGGUCUGACCCGAGAAACGGACCAGGAGCCCCGGGACGAGGACCACCAAGAGGCGCUCCGCUUCGCCCUGGACCAGCUGUCACUCAUGGCCCUGGAGAAAGUGGACUGUGGGGGCGGACUGGCCGACUCUCUGGACGGGACCUCGGGUCCCCCUUCUGAGGGCUGCAACGGCGUCGGUGGAGGAGGCUACAUGGACCUACAGAUGCUGGAGCAUCCCGGUGGGUCGCGGGACUCGCCCUCGUCCUGCUCCCCAUCCCCGGAGUACUAUGGCUCGGGCGGGUACCACAUGAGCGGCUCACACCCCAUGCUCCACGGGGAACAAAGCUCUGUCCUCUGCAGCAGGAAAAGAAGUGUCAACAUGACUGAAUGUGUGCCUGUGCCCAGCUCCGAGCAUGUGGCUGAAAUCGUAGGAAGACAAGGUUGUAAGAUCAAGGCCUUGCGUGCCAAAACAAACACCUACAUAAAGACUCCAGUGAGGGGCGAGGAACCCGUCUUCAUCGUUACAGGGCGCAGAGAGGAUGUGGAGAUGGCCAAACGUGAAAUUGUCUCUGCGGCCGAGCAUUUCUCUAUGAUCCGGGCGUCCCGCUGCAAAGCUGGCGCACCCGGAGGAGGAGGAGGAGGAGGAGGAGGGUCUCUUCCUGGACCACCACACCUCCCAGGACAGACCACCAUACAGGUGAGGGUGCCCUACAGAGUGGUUGGUUUAGUUGUUGGACCAAAGGGAGCAACUAUCAAACGCAUCCAGCAGCAGACUCACACCUACAUCGUGACACCCAGUCGAGAGAAGGACCCCGUGUUCGAGGUGACCGGGAUGCCUGAGAACGUGGACCGAGCGAGAGAGGAGAUCGAGACCCACAUCACCCUGCGGACUGGAACCUUUGUCGACCUGCAGGGAGACAAUGACUUCCACUCCAACGGCACCGAUGUCAGCCUGGAAGGCCUGGCCGGUCUGAACGGAGGGCUGCCAUCGGCUCUGUGGUCCAGGGCUAACAACCACCAUUCUGGCCCUCCUCCCCCUCCAUCCUCCCCUCCUUCCACUGCUCCCAUGUCCAUGCACCACUCCUCCAGCCGAAAGGUGUCCUCCUCAUCCACCUACCAAGCGCACAACGGCGGUAUGAACUCGGAAAGCUUCAGCACCGCCCGUAAAGCCAACGAGGGGGGCAGUCCCACUAGCCCUUUUAGCACAGGCUCCAGCAGCACAGGAGGAGGGUUCACGUUCGGGGGUGACUCCACCCCGGGGCUGCCCUCCUCAGAUGAACUGGGCUUUGAGUUUAGUGCUGCCAACAUCUGGGCUCCUUUUGCCAAUGGUGGAACAGGCAAUAAGACAGCCGGCUCCUCCCAGCAGCAGCCUCUACGUCGCAACAGCAGUGGGCUCAGUGGCGGCGCCAUCACUCCACGAUUGUCUCCAACUCUGCCUCAGGACGCAGGUGUGGGCCCUCUGGAUCACCCCCUGGCCCGUCGUGCACAAAGUGACCCCCUCAGCACUCUCUCCUGGCUCCAGUCAGGCAGCGCAGGAGGCGGCUCCUUCUCUGGGGCAUCCAGCUCCAGCUCCGGGGGCUCGUCCACAGGUUACUCCUCCUGCUCGGCCUCCUCCCUGCCCGGCGGCUCCCCAACUGACUCCGAAGGAGGCAGCAGCGGCGUGGGCCUCAGCUCUGGGAUCCUGAGUCGACUGAAAAGCGGCUCUGGGGUGGCGGGCCUGGUCGGCGUCGGCCCCGGGGUCAACAGGGACUGCUUUGUGUGUUUUGAGAGCGAGGUGACGGCAGCCCUGGUGCCUUGCGGCCACAACCUGUUCUGCAUGGAGUGUGCCGGGCAAAUCUGCCAGUCAAGUGAGCCGGAGUGCCCUGUCUGCCACAUCCCCACCACACAGUGCAUCCGCAUCUUCUCCUAAGAGAUCGGGGGUGUAAUAAGAGGGGUGGGGGGCAGGAAGAGGACUGGGUGGGGCACCGGCUGUGGCAGAGGCGAUGGAAGGAUUCACACUAAGACACUUCACACACAUGACGGACCAUAAUAAAUACAUUAAUAGAGAUGAUGAUACUACGCAGAUGUUGAUUUAUUACUGAUAUCUGUCAAGAUGAAUAAUAACAAUAAUAAUAAUGACUGACUUAUUUUAAGAGUGAAGUUACUAGAAACUGGUUUGCAGCCAUCGGGGCUCGGACAGUCUCUCGGCGGUGAACUUUAUGGAAGGAACCUAGUGUCUUAUCUCUCUUCAGGCCUUCAUUUGGAGCCGGAGCAGCGUGCACCACUGGCCGCCGGUCCGUCUCCACAUUUCUUCAUCCUGGCUUCUUCACAUCUCUGCCUGCUUUCUCUCUCACAGCCUUUCCUUGUGACACUUUUGUACUUAACAGAUAUUUUUCGAUGAAGUUGUCACUGAGGCCUGCACUUUUCUACUCCUUAUUUUAAUGUUCAAGACAGGACUCAAACGGUUGCAGCAAAUGCCCCCCCACCCACCACCACCACCACUCGAUUUCUCCUCCGCUCUCAUUCAUGCUGUUUGUGACACGAAGCGGGGGGGUGGCUGUUAUCCUCUUAAGCUUGGGACUUUGACAAAGGUCGGCAUGUAGGCAGGCACCUAGCGGAACAAUGCGCCCGAGGAACGCCGUAAGGAUGAAUUCCUUGUUUCUAGUUGUCCCAGAAGAAAAAUUAGCCAUCAGUGAUGCCAAAUGAUGCUAUAAAUAGACGUCUUGUUGUUCUUGAUCAAACUCAAUAAUGUGUUGAAUGAAUUUGGAUGAGUCUGCCCCACGUUUCAAAUGUGGCCGCUGCAUCGAUUAAUUUGAUCCUCUUGAAUAAGUCAGAAAUGAACCAUUAGUGAUAAUGAAGGCAUGUGUCUGAGGUCUGUACAAUGGGCUGCCUGACAAUCACUUCACCUCUCUCUCUCUCGCAUUACACAUGUGCGAGUAUCGCCCGCUCAUGCUGUUCUUCACCUCUGCGUUGUUAUGCCCCCCCCCCCCCCCGCUCCACUCUCACUCCUAUAGGAAGCCGAAGCUCUGAUCCAUCCACACGGAGACCCUUUCCUCUCACAUCCUGUCUGUUACACUCGGAUCGACUCAUUUCGUGUUUUCUACUUGUGUUUGACUCUUGACUGUGGAGUGUGUGGCUCACAGACAUGUUUGAUCUCUAGGAUCAGAUAGGGCUUUUCUGAUGUCACACGUGAAUGUUUUUGUCCAGCUUAAGGAGAGACGUUCGCUCCUCCCACAUGAAACAAUAACAAGGGGCUCGAGUUGAAGCAUUUUUUUUUUUUCAUGCACUGUAAUCCUCAGCCCCUCUUAAAAAAGUAAAAUGUAAAAAAAAAAAAAAAAAACAACUAAAAAGCCAAAAAGAAACAGCUCUUACUGUUUUUGUUAAGUUUUGGUCUUCCACCCCACUUUCACAGCAAAGCUGUAUGGCACUCUCUCAGAUGACACACUGUCAUGCUCAUAUAGCGCUGUACUCCUGGCCAAAUGUAGUGCACUAUAUGGUUAGCUGUUUGCGGUUUGUCCUGUGUUUCAUAGCAUUACUGGGUAACUCCGGAGGCAGUCGUGUUCUGUUUUUGUCUUUGU